CGAGGCAGCUGCGGCGGUGGCGGCUGGUGGUGCUGUCGGCGGCAAUGGUGCUGGCUCACAGGGUCCACGCGUGAGCGCCAAGAUCCGAGUGCGGCUGGACGCGUCCCGGCGGGUGUUCGGAGUGGCGGACCCCAGCUUGGAGUGGGCGGACGAGGAGGCAGACCCCGGCGGCUGCCUGCAGCCCGCCUCCUGCCGGCCGCUGCGCAAGGGCGAGUGCUUCUUCCAGCCGCUGGUGGACGGGCAGCCCAAGUCGCUGGUGGGCGGCAAGGUGGUGAUGAUCCGCAACCCCUGCUACGACGCGGGCGACAUCCGGGUGCUGAGUGCGGUGGCGCCACCCUC